AUGGCCAUUCACAGGUGCCCCCACCCAGUCUACAGCAUCCCCACAUUUUCCUCACUAUGCCCACACCCAGCCCACAGCAUCCACACACUAUCCCCACAGUACCCACACCCAGCCCACAGCAUGCCCACACCCAGCCUACAGCAUCCCCACAUUUUCCCCACUACGCCCACACCCAGCCCACAGCAUCCACACACUAUCCCCAAGUGCCCACACCCAGCCCACAGCAUGCUCACACUAUCCCCACACCCAGCCCACAGCAUCCGCACACUAUCCCCAAGUGCCCACACCCAGCCCACAGCAUGCCCACACUAUCCCCACUCUAUCCCCACAGUGCCCACACCCAGCCCACAGCAUCCCCACUCUAUCCCCACAGUGCCCACAUCCAGCCCACAGCAUGCCCACAGUAUCCCCACAGUGCCCACACCCAGCCCACAGCAUCCCCACUCUAUCCCCACAGUGCCCACACCCAGCCCACAGCAUCCCCACUCUAUCCCCACAGUGCCCACAUCCAGCCCACAGCAUGCCCACACUAUCCCCACAGUGCCCACAGCAUGCCCACACUUUAUGGGCCCACAAUCGGCCCCAUUAGGGGCCCACUUUGCUUUGUGUGGGCCAGCCCACACUUAA